CCAUCAGUGAAGAUGAUUUAGAAGAGGCAGCUGCAGUGUUCACCCAACUCUGGUAGGGAAGGUGUGAACCGAGCUUGGGCAGGUCUUGAAGAGCUCUACCAGUCAUUAUGAUGGUUGGGAUCUUGUUAGUGUUGCAGGCAGUCAUGACCAUGGCUGGACCCUGGGCCAUGGACCUUUAUGAUUUCAGUACACCUUGUGUGUCAGACAUCCAGUGUCCCCAGGGUUGCAGAGUAGAGCUAGCAACAAGUGGAUGCAACGAGUGCAACUGCAGCCUUCAAGGAAAAUGCUCGACAAUAUCUUAUUGUCCAAUUUCCUGUGAGGUUGUCAGCGAUGCAGACGGCUGCAUUACAUGUGAAUGCCCUCUUCAGUGUCCUAAGAUAGAGUGUCAGCCGCCGUGUCAGUACAGGCUUGGCUUUGAUGGAUGUAAUGCAUGUGAAUGUUCUUCCCCUUGUCCAGAACUAAAUUGUCAGCCUCCAUGUUACAUCAAGUCUUUUCCUGACAAGUGUGAUGUCUGUGAUUGUUCUUAUCAAUGCCCGAAGGUGGAUUGUGAAUUUCCCUGCCACUUGAUGAAGGGUACUGAUGGCUGCGAUUUCUGUAACUGUUGCCCAGUUAUAGAAACAUGUCCAACAUUUUGCACCAUACACAAAGAUGGAAAUGGCUGCGACUUAUGUGAGUGUCCACCUUGUAAAGAAGUCAGUCAGUGUUCUCCACCGUGUUACACACAAGAGGACAUUAAUGGUUGUGAUGUUUGUACAUGUAGACAGUGUGUACCUGUGGAAGACUGUCCCACUGGUUGUCAGGUAAGACUUGACAGUGACGGGUGUGAUGUGUGUGACUGUCCUCAGUGUAUACCACUCACAAACUGUCCACCUGAAUGCCCCUUGAAGGAAGACUGGUAUGGUUGCGACACGUGCCCUUGCCCACCAUGCAAACCAAUCGACGAUUGCCCAAUAGGGUGUUCUCUUCUAAAAGGCCAGUACGGCUGCUUAUACUGCAAGUGUUCAAAAUGCGAACCUAUUUCUGACUGUCCAGAGCUAUGCAAUGUCGUAAAAAAUUCUGACGGAUGCGACACUUGCCAGUGUUCAGCUUGCCCACUUGUACCCAAGUGCCCCUCACACUGUUCACUCACAAAGGACAAUGAUGACUGUACAGUAUGUGACUGCAGUCUAUGUACCCCCUUAAUAUACUGCCCUUCUGGAUGCAAAAUACAAACCGAUCAAAACAACUGUGAUGUGUGUGAGUGUACUGACUGUGAACCUAUCAUUGACUGCCCAGUGGGAUGUGAAGUACAGAGAGGCGAAGAUGGUUGUGAAGUUUGUAAUUGUGAAAUAUGUCGGCCUCCUCUGAACUGUCCACCUCAAUGUUCACUUUUAAACGACGCUCCAGGAUGUGAUAUCUAUGACUGUAUGCAUAAUAGGUGCAGGUCUCCAGGUAAACUCCAGGUAAACACCAUUAUCUCUUCUACAGGACCAGAGUGUAAUAUUGCUGAGGAUAGCCAAGGAUGUGAUAUCUGUUACUGUCACUACUCUGAAGCUGUAACAUGUGCCCCAGAGUGUGACGUUACCAAGGAUGACAGAGGUUGUGAAUGUAACUGUCCAUGCGAGCUUGUUGUGUGUCCUCAAGACUGCAGUGUUACAACAGAAGUAACAAGUUGUCAAGCAUGUGACUGUCACUGCAAGCCAGUUACGAGUCUUCUAGAUUGUAACGUUACAAGAGAUAACUUUGGCUGUGACAUGCGAAUGUCCCCAUGCACAUGUCAUGUGUCCCCCAGAGUGCUUUGUAAUAAGUACAGGAGGAUGCGACUGUCCACGUCCCUAUGUUACUUGCUCUCCAGAGUGUAACACUGUAGAAGAUAACGCAGGAUGUGACAUCUCUGGCUGUGCCUGUCAGCCAAUAACAUGCACUCCUGACUGUAACAUCAAGAGAGACGAGAGGGGAUGUGAUGUAUGUGACUGCCCCCCUUUAUAAGAAAAUCACAUGUCCACUGGGAUGUGUAAUUAAAGAUGUGAUGUGUGUGACUGCUCUCCCAGAGUGUGUGGUAACAGCUGCACACCUGUGGUUACUAUUCAUGGAUGUGAUGCGUGCGUCUGCUAAAAUUUGUUUUGAUUAGUCUUCUCAAAAUGCAGUGCAUACUAGUGUCUUUAAGUACGUAUAUUUAGGCACAGGUACACGUAAGUACAGCUAUCAUACACAAUGUAAAUGACAUAGGAUAACCCAGUGUCUGUUGAAUUUGAAUUUGAUAAUGACUAUUAUUAUUUUUAUGCAAGUCAAAUAAGAAUUUUCCUGGAUACAUUCCUAGCCAUUCUACACAAGAUUGGGUUUAAUAUGAGGGGCGAACAGGUCCAGUUCCUUGGAUCAAGAGCCACCUCGCCAUCAAGGGACCUCCCUCAAGGGGAACCAGCAGCUGCUGUAGCAUCUGUGAAACUGUUAAAGAAAGUUAUUCAAGCAAUAGUACAAAUAGGUACAAUGACUACUGGGGUACUGAUGGGGUUGUAAUAUAGCACAUUGUGUAUACUUAUAAAGCACAUUAUGUACAUAUAAAGCACACUGUACAUAUAUAUUGUGUAAUAUAGCACAUUGAACAUAUAUAGCACAGGGUACAUACAUAGCACAUUGUGUACACAUAGCACCUCCCAUUCUUUACUUCUUGUUGCCACAGAAGUGUGUAUAUAUGUUGAUGUGGCCCAUACUGGCCAAAAUGACCAACUGUGGCCCUCAUCCUCACUAUAUCAUAAAUCUUACACAAUUUUCUCUUUUAACAACAUUUUCAUACUCAAUUAGUCACCAAGAUAUUCAAUAAUUAUAUAAAUGCAGCUAGUUAG